GGUUGAUACCUUUGCAAAACUUCCCUUGUGCAGUAACUGAUGGCUGAAGAAGGCAGAGCCUUGCUGCGGAAUUUUCGCUUGCGACAGCAAUUGAAACUGCUUCCAAGGAGCCAACCCAUCGGCAUUGGCACCGCUGGCACUGCUGGCACCGUGUCGUUGAAACGUCUUGAGGAGCUCCUCAGUCACCGAGCCUUCGGCUACGAGAGCGAAAGCUUCGAAAGCUUCGAAGCUGCAAACGUUACGUUGAACGAUGCCCGGAAGACCACACUGCAAGGGCAGCUGCAGGAUCUGAAUGCCACGAAAGAGGCGGAAAUGCUGCAGUUUCAAGAGGUAGAGAUGGCAGCUCAGUCCUUGCAGCAAGAGAUGGCCAAAAUGGUGGAUGAACAUGAAGCCUUGACUCGGCAGCGAUAUGAACUCUGGGCACGACAAAAGGAGUUGGCAGAUGAAACUCUCAGGUUGCAGGCAGUACUGGCUGACCUGGACAGCGAUGCACAGGUGAAAAAUGAUCAGCCUGAAAGCGAGGGGAACAGGAGCCUAGCGAAAACUGCUGAGCGACUGAAGCUCCAUCAUCUUCAUUUGCAGCGCCUUUUGGAAGAGCAGAAACUUUUGCAGCAGCAGUUGGGAUCUGCUGAGCACAUGGCCCUGCAAAGAUAAAGAUUGAGCAACUUGUUUGUUGCAAAGAUUUCACGGGUCACUUAAUUCACUGUGCAUAAAUGUGCAUAAUAACACUGGCUGGAGAAAGAAAAGAAACUCAGAUAUGAUGGUGAUUUCUGACUUCUGCUCCGUCUGCGUCUCCUUUUUCAAGUCUUCAGAGACAACUGCCCUGUCACAUCCUGGCGGCCUUGACACGCUUUAAUCGACCUGAACAAGUGCCGGCGAUUUGAACAGCGGUGCCCUGCAACCAAAAAUGUUGAGACAAGACUGCCAAAGUGCACACGAGUUGCCUCUCAGGUGGUUUAUACACUGAAGUCACAUUACCUAUUCAACCAGAGGCAAAUUUACAAAUUAUGCUGAAUGCAAGAAGUUAAUUCGGUUCCAUCCUGACUCCCUUUGGGACUGCGAAAGAUCAUGAAAGAUCACUUUUCCAUUUGGUUGAAAUUUACACUCGCAACGACGGUUGAAUGUUAGGGAAGAUUACAAUCAGAUUAGAAGCAUUCUGCAGC